ACUCUUGUUAAUGUCUGGCUAAAUAUAAGAGAAUAAGAUUCUCAUUUCUGCUGCUUUAUUCAAUCUGUUGUGAUAGCACAUGUCAUGUAGCCUCCAGGGAACUCCACUCUACAUCGUUAGAGAAUAAGAGUGACAGUGAGAAGGGUGGGAGAUCCGGACGGGCUGCGCCUGCGAGAGGAUCAACAUGCCUUUGGCUAGAGAUUUACUACACCCGUCCUUGGAAGAGGAAAAGAAAAAACAUAAAAAGAAACGGCUAGUUCAAAGUCCAAAUUCUUAUUUUAUGGAUGUAAAAUGUCCAGGUUGCUACAAGAUCACCACGGUUUUCAGCCGCGCUCAGACGGUGGUUCUUUGCGUAGGUUGUUCAACAGUGCUGUGCCAGCUGACAGGAGGAAAGGCUAGACUCACCGAAGGGUGUUCAUUUAGAAGAAAGCAACACUAAUGAUCCACACAGCUUCCUGAAUUUGGGUUAUAUCACAAAAAGCCUUAAAUUUGGGUUUCACAAAAAGCCUUAUCAGUUUAGUAAUUCUAGUUAAUCUACCAGGAUAAUGUAAUUACAUUUAAUUUUGUAAGUAUACAACAGUGAUCUAUUUUGGUGUCAAUUUUUCAAUAAAGUUUUGAUUAUGGG